GAAAGAGGUAAGACACCAUUCUUUCACAACAUUUCAUUUCAGCCAUGGAGUUGUCAGUGAUCUUGCUCAGCUUCUUAGCCAUGAUGAGUAUGGAGGGCUCAAAUGCACAGACAUAUGAUUGUGGUGUAGCUCCUCUAAAUACACGUAUAGUUGGCGGCACAGAUGCCCCUGCAGGUAAAUGGCCCUGGCAGGUCAGUGUACAUUACAAUGGCGCACACAUCUGUGGGGGAACCCUGAUCCACAGCCAAUGGGUGAUAACGGCUGCUCACUGCAUUGUUUCUACUAAUGUCAACCUUUGGACAUUGUACUUGGGAAGAGAAACCCAGAGCACGUCUGUUGCCAACGCAAAUGAAAUAAGAGUUGGUAUUCAGUCCAUCAUCGUCCAUCCAAAGUACAACGACACCCUUCUCAAUAAUGACAUCUCCCUGAUGAAACUGAGUCAACCUGUGACCUUCACUCAAUACAUUCGUCCAGUCUGCCUGGCAUCCAAAGAGAGUGUCUUUCACAACGCCACAACCUGCUGGGCUACAGGUUGGGGAAAUAUUGGCAAAAACCAGGCGUUGCCGGUUCCUCAGACACUUCAGGAGGUGGAAAUCCCAGUUGUGGGCAGCUCAGAAUGUAGCUGCCAGUAUAAGCCAGUAGGUGGUAUUAAAAUCACACCACAGAUGAUUUGUGCUGGGAGAACAGGCAAAGGAACCUGUCAGGGAGAUUCUGGAGGUCCAUUACAGUGCAAACAGGGUUCUGUGUGGGUCCAGGCUGGGAUCACGAGUUUUGGGACGGACCUGGGCUGUGCCAUAGAAGGGUUCCCAGAGGUGUUUUCACGUGUCUCUGAGUUCAACACUUGGGUCACAGACAACGUGGAAGGAGCCGCCAUUGGCUUUGUGACCUUUUCAUCCAAUGGCACUGAUGGCAGCUUUACAUGCUCUAGCUCAGCCACACUUCACUUCUCAUUCUACUCUAGUUUUAUCAUUCUCUUCACUACACACAUCUUAAACUUCCUCACACUCAUAGUCACUUAAAACUGACUCACACACACAUGCAAUUCUGAGCUAACAGGUUAAGGGGAAAAUUAAUGUGUGUGUGUGUUUUUUUUUUUCUUCUGUUUAGCGUGAGCAGCUAGCCUUUGCUAGUAAAUGCUGUAAUGCAAAAGCCAACUUUCUCCUCUGACAGCUGUUCAAAUUUAUCUGUGUAUAAAGACACAUGUUAAAUUCAUCCAAAUGUCGUUUUUUGCUCUCUAUCUCAGCUAACCUCUCCUUUGCCCUUUAAUAUUAGUGCAUUUAAGAUUUGGAAAAUUACAAAAUAUAUGGAAUUUAUAUUUGAAUGGAAAUUUUGCUUCAUUUCAACAGCUGUGUGAGAAUCAUUUCUUUAGGUACCUUCAAAUUACACUUUGUGAAGUCUAACAUACAUAAUCAUGUGACUGCUACACCUAUAUGUAUCUGGAUGCAUUUUUGGAAAGACGUGAUAGAGAUGGUAGUACAGGUGGUAGUCCUUCUAUGUAGAAAUUUAAAUCUGCCUGGGAAGAGGAACUUGCAGUAGAAAUUCCUAAUAAAAUAUGGGAACACAGUCUUGAACUUGUCCACACAUGUGAGGCCUACAUAGGGAGCAAUGACAUUUCCUCUCUCAAG